GUAUAAACAUGGCAAAGAGUUCGGUAGAGGGGUCGAAAGAGGACUUGACCAAAAUGACAGAAGAAGACAUGUUGCGGUGGAGCAAGGAAGAGCUGGUGAAAAGGCUGAAGAAAGUGGAGAACGAGAAGAUGAACCUGAUGGUGGAGCACGGCAACUUGAUGAAGGACGUCAACCGGCGGCUGCAGCUCCACCUGCACGAGAUCAGGGGCCUGAAGGAGGUGAACCAGAAGUUGCAGGACGACAACCACGAACUGAGGGAGCUCUGCUGCUUCUUGGACGACGACCGGCAGAAGGGCAAGAAGCUGUCCAGGGAAUGGCAGAGGUUCGGCCGGCACACCGCCGGCGUGAUGUGGAAGGAGGUGGGCAUGUACCAGCAGAAGCUGAAGGAGCUGGAGGCCAAGCAGGAGUCCCUUGUGCGGGAGAACGUGGAGCUGAAGGAGAUCGUCCUGAUGUUAGACGAAGAGAGGAACGGGGCCGGGUCCAGAAGUUCCAUAGACAGUCAAGCCAGUCUCACCAACCUCAAUGGGGGGUCCGGGACCCGGGACGUUGGGGAUGGGAGUAGUACCUCCAGCACCGGCAGCGCGGGGAGUCCGGACCAUCACCACCACCACCUUCACCAUCACAAACCUGUGGAGAACAAGGCUGGAGCUAUCAGAAGGUCUAUGGAUGACCUCUCGGCACCGCUUCACCACAGGAGCAUCCCCAACGGACUCAAUGAUUCAUCUUCUAACUACAUCAGACAACUUGAAACUAAAGUCAAACUGCUGGAGGACGAUAAUAAACUUCUUUCUCAGCUGGCUGGUCACAACAAUGCACCAAGAAAGCUCAUUAAGCAAUCAAGUUCUGGGGAUCUGAGGACUCUGAGGAAAGGAUUGUCCCCAUACCACUCUGAGUCACAGCUGUCGUCCCUGCCGCAGUAUCAGGAUGCCAUGCAAAAUGGCCCAUCUCGCAUACCUUCUGAUCUGGCGUCUUCUCCUGCAGUGGGUUACGUUCCCCUAAGUCAGAAACCUGAAGCAGUGGUUCAUGCCAUGAAGGUCCUCGAAGUGCAUGAGAAUUUGGACAGGCAGAUGCAAGAAAACUAUGAAGAAGACCUGAGUGAAAAGGAGAAAGCAAUUGUUCGUGAAAUGUGCAAUGUUGUCUGGAGAAAACUGGGUGACGCCGCGAGCUCCAAGCCAUCCAUCAGGCAGCACCUUUCGGGAAACCAGUUCAAGGGUCCUUUAUAAGAACCACCC